AGACUUUUUAUCCAAAGAACUGUUUCAAGACUUGAGUCAGAUGCAGGAGACUUGGCUGGCACAAGUGAAUCCUUACAUGAAAGUUAAGACGGAGAAGAACACCGAUUGUUGUAAACCUUGUGUUCAUGUGGACACUCCAAAACAACCAUCAAACAGUGUUUCUGCCAAAUAUCCCAGCUACACAGAGAAAUCGUUCAUCAGCGCUCCCUACGAGCACAUGCCCUCCCCCAGUGGGUCAGCGUGCUCAACCAGCUCAGGGAAGGAGUCCGUCAUGUCAACGGGGUCAUGUAAGGAACAGGCGUCAUUCCCCACCCACAGUGGAACAAACUGUGGCUACACCACAUCAGAUAGCAGGUACAACAGGCCGAGUUCAGGCUCCAGUAGUGGGUAUGGGUCCCCAGAGCCCCAGCAGCCAUACCUGGUUCAUCCCCAACAGAGGGGGGUGGCCACGCCCUACUCCCACCAGUACUUCAAACAGGAGUACCAGGAGAGAGGCUUUGAUCCCUCUGCACGCCCACCAGGCUACGCUGGCAUGCCCACCAUGUUACCUGUCAAAGCCGAACCACGAGACACAGGCUAUGAAAGUGCAGAUGGCAGCCCACACUGUGCAGAGUAUGCGCGCCAUGACUAUCUGAGUGGAGGACAUUUGGAAGGUGUACAGUACCAGUAUGAAAACCACAUGAGAAUGCUGUAUCAUGAAAACCAGACUUACCUGGAACGCUUCCGAGAGAAACAAAGAGAGAGAUAUGAAGGUCUUGAGCUGAAGUCAGACAUGUACCGGGAGAGUUACUUGGAGAGGUUCCAUCGGGAUGCCCCACCCCCUACCUACCAGCGGCGUGGUUCACUACAGCUGUGGCAGUUCCUUGUCGCCUUGUUGGACGACCCCACAAACUCUGCCUUCAUUGCUUGGACUGGUCGUGGACUUGAAUUUAAACUCAUUGAACCUGAGGAGGUGGCCAGGAGAUGGGGUAUUCAGAAAAAUCGACCUGCAAUGAACUACGACAAGCUGAGUCGCUCAUUGAGGUAUUACUACGAGAAAGGCAUCAUGCAGAAAGUGGCAGGAGAACGUUACGUCUACAAGUUUGUGUGCGACCCUGAAGCACUGUUCACAAUGGCCUUCCCCGACAACCACAGACCCGUGCUGAAGGCCGACCCAGCCAGAGAAUCUGCUGACUUUCCCAGGCCCGGUGAAGUAGGGGCAGAGACCCAGCCCCUAGCCCUGCCCUCCCCUGUAGCCCCACCUGCCCACAUUCCUACACAGCCCAUGCACGCUCACCGCCUGGAAAUGACCCAGUCUCCUGCUCUUCACCACCCAGGCCCCACACCCGACCACCAUCGACUGUCUUACGCCAUGCACAGCAUGACACACGUGUACAAUACUAACCCCUAUAUGGAGGGGUGCGUGUACUAGCCACAAUUUAAAACUCGCCACCCCUCCCCCCACCUGAUCACAUUCACUAAGCAAUCACUUCAACCAGGUCCACUCCUUAAGCUAGUUCAACACCCCAGCCACACAUUAAUCCACAACAAUUGAGCUAACCUUCAUAUGUCCACACCCUUCUCACCAAUUAAACUCACCCACCUUUCUCACGUGAACAACCACAGCCAGCCCAGCACCUCCCACCUCCACCCCCACACUUUACAGAUAUCAGUAGUUCUUUUUUUUCUGUAUAUUGCAUUACUAUUGUAUUAUAGUAUCAUUAAAUUAUGACUAUUAUUAUAUCUAUGUAUUAAAAACAUAUAUAUCAUAUUUUUGUCUUUCACUUGUACUGGAAUGUGAAAGUAACCUGAAAGAAAACAUACUGUCUAACUUUUGGGACCUUUUUUUGAAUGAAGGUUGUUGCUGUUGUCAUUUUGACUACUUAUUUGUUGUAUAUACAUAAAGGAAUUACUCGUCUGUAAUUGUUCAUAAAUUAAUACAAUGGAAAUAAAUGCAGCUUUGGCAUAUAUUUGUACGUCUGUACGUUGUCACCCUGACAUUUCUGUGCUGUACAUUAUAAUGAUGUUGAGGGUUUUGUUGGACAGAUGCAGCAUUUUGUGGUAGAUGUUCAUUAGCUGUAAUAUUCUCCACUGAUAGGAGCGCAUGUGCAAUGACUAGACGACGCCAUGCAGCUGGCUAUGUGCAUCUUACGUUUUCAGUCUACAAAUUUUAAGACAAAAAGACUGUUGAUUAGUGCUUUAAGCUAUUUGUUGGUAUUUGAUAUAUUAAGAAAAAAAGUCUCAUUUUGGGUUCUCAUUUUUGUGGUUUUAUUUUGUAUUUAUUACAUUUCCACUGUUUUGUACAGAUUCAUGGUUAAUGUUGAAUUUUUGCUAGUCCCAAACAUCUAGUCCCUUAUUGUUAUUUGAGCUGUAAAGAUUUGUUUAGUGGCAAUCCUUAAUUGGACAGUGAAGUCAAUAUGAACUCCACCGAGAUGCAGUUAAAGUAUUUUUACUUGUAUGUUGUUCUCAAUACUCAUCAUGUAUGACCUCUUAUCUCCCUUGAUCCGAACGGCAGAGUUAUUGCCCUUGAUCCUCAUGACUUGAUUGAUUGAUGGCAAGCUAUUUCUGAAUUAAAUGUUUUAUCUUUACUCAGCACAUUGGUCUUUUAAAUUUUAAAGGUAACCAUCUUCAAAUUGGAAAUGCAAUGAUAAAGCUAAGGUGAGUUAAAACAUAGGGAAUCAGUUAUCCGGACGUUGCACUUAGGUACUCCAGUGGUUACCCAUGGCACCGUCCUCACACACGGGCGCCCACCCGACACUGGUAUGUUGACAUUGGCAGUCCUAGACACUGUCUGGUGAAGAUUUGUUACCGAAAUAUAUCUGGUGAAAUUUGACGGUCUGUUUAAUCUAUUGUCAGUGAAUCUAAUCUGACAGUGCCUUGUGUUUAUAUGAAUAUGUUCAUACUCCGUAUAGGACUGAAUAA